AUGACCGGCAGAGGUGGUGGCGGCAACCGCCGUGUUCUUCUUCCUCCCAUCAACUUCCUUUUCCGUCUUUUGCAACAACACUCGACCGUCCAGAUCUGGCUUUACGAGCAGCUUCACAUUCGCAUCAUUGGCACCAUUCGUGGCUUUGACGAGUUCAUGAACCUGGUUAUCGAUAAUGCGAUUGAGGUCAAGCUUGUCUCCAAGACCAACGAGAAGGAGGAGAGGAGGGAGCUUGGGCAAAUCCUCCUCAAGGGCGACAAUGUCUCGCUCAUCCAGAGCUACUCCGGGUGA